AUGCCCCCCCGCAAACCCCCCACCACCACCUCCAGCACCACCACAAAACCCACCCCCACCGACACCCAAGCCAGCACCCUAAUCCACACCUACCUCACCACUCAGAACCGGCCCUACUCCGCCACCGAAAUCAGCAGUAACCUCCAUAAUGCCGUCACGAAGGCGCGGACGGAUAAGUUGCUCAGGGAGAUGUUUGAGAGGGGGGAGAUUGCGGGGAGGGCGAGCGGGAAACAGUGGGUUUUUUGGGGGGUGCAGGAUCCAAAUGCCACCAGCACACCCGCCGAGCUCGCCGCAGUAGACGCCCAAAUCGCAGCCCUUCGAGACAAGAUCCCAACCCUCAAAUCCGAACUCAAAUCCGCCUCCAACACCCUCUCCAUCCUCCGCUCUGCACCCACGACCUCCAGCCUCCGCGACGCCGUCCAGACACUGGAAACUGAUAAACAGGACAAAGAAGAACGUCUCCGCGUCUUGAGAGCAGGGAGUACCAAACCCGUGAACGUAGAGGAGAGGGAGAAGGUGGAGGGGGAGUGGAGGAGGUGGAAGAGAACGAGGGAUAAUAGGAAGAGGGCGUAUAAGGAGUUGGAGGCGAUGUUGUUGGAUUCGGGGGUUAUUGGGAAGGAGGCGCUUUGGGAUAUGCUCGGUAUCGACGGCCCCGCAUGAUCACCGCCACGCACUGCUGACUAGAAUCUGUCCGCACGCGCUGGCUGGGAGACUAUCGAUUCGAUCUCGAUAUCUACGAAUAAAACAAAUUUUUGAUGCGGGGAGAGAGCAGAGAGAAGAGAGAAGACCGUGCUUUAGGACGCGGGGAUUUAUUGGGCUUAUUCUUAGCUUUGCGCCACGCUCGCUCAUCUGCCAUGCGAGGUUAUCAAUCUUGCAGUAUCGCGAACGAGGCUGGACGGGGAGGUGGGUGCGUGGGCGGUGCUUGAUUGGCUGGGUGGGUGAAAGGCGGGGGAGGGGGGUUCGUGGGGAUACGAGGAAGGGAGCAGGCUGGGGAUUUUUGGGUUUGGGACGCCCUGAUGGGGACAGAGGUUGGCUGGUGGCUUUAUUGGAAGAGUUGCAGGUUGCGGUGAAACAGAUGUUUUAUCACAGGAAGGGGGAUAGGUGUUGAGUACCUGGGCUGCAUGGAGGAGUGGACGAGUAUUGGGCGUAUAGACGCGGGUUGCAGGAGCUAUGGGUAUGAUGAGGGUGCUUGAUUACUUGGAGCUAUGGCGGACAUAUAUGAUGGCUAUAUCAUGACUUUUCAACAUGAGAGUUGCUUAUAAACGGGAUCAAAAAGAGAGGUUCUACAAACACAGAUUGCUGGUAUCACUUCCCAACUCGACUAGAUCAAAGGGACAUGUGACUUGCAUGUGAGAGCUCCUGUCUCAGCACACCCAGUGGAGAAGGCUGUUCUUGUGAACAAGAACAAAUACGAUGGUGCCAAAACCCCCCCAACCCUCACACUCCCAAACAGGACUCAAGGGAGGGGAACACCACCGCACGGCAGUCUGCGGCUGGUAGAGUGGCACGAGUUUAAAGCCCUGAUUGGGCGUCCAGGGCCCAAGUCGGCGGAUGACCCGAACGGCUCCCAUCCCAGCCGGCGUCGAUUCUAAAUAUUUCCCAAGGCGUCCCUCCAUCUCGUCUCCCUCGUCAUAUGUCCCGUCAUCCCUUGGGUGGCUACGCGGAGUCGCCGACUGAUGGAUUCACACGGCAUCACUUUCUGCGCAUUGAAAUGAGGAUGUUGAGGAACCGCGGAUUAUGGAUGGAUGUCCCAGACUCUCGCAACCAUCAGCGCUUGGUGGGCCUUGAUGCGUGGGUGGCUGCAUAUGCAGUGUCUCUACGACGACCUAUCACGUUUCGAACGCCGGCUUGAGGUCGGGGAGGAGCUAACGGGAUGGAGGGCUAAGUGCUGGAGCUGUGCGUGCCGUGCUGAGACAUUGCAGGCGAGGGUUGCCAAGGGUUGAUAUGGCGGGCUAAUGAGUGCUAUUACCAAGAGAUAGAUACUAAGGGGGAAAGGGAAUGCAGCUCCACGGAGUUUGAUAGACCGGCGAGAGGAGAGGGAGGUAGGACUUGGGGUAUGUUUUCUCGUAACCUUGGGGGUGUAUUGUAUAGCAACUAGCAACCCCCACGACAGGUGUUUUGUUUGGUACACCCUGGCACGCGCACGACAUAUGUAAGAUACCAUAUGUAGGAUAUGUAAGAUAUGUAGAGUAGAAGUAGAGUAUGUAUGUAGCUUGCCUGAGA